AUGAGUGAAUCUGUUGACUAUGCAAAGGAUUUGGAACACGGAUUAACAAAUAAGAGCACACUGGAGUAUAAUUCCACUAAUUUCGCUCUCAAAAUGGUCACAACUAAAUGGGGAAGAUUAACAUUAUGGGCAACUUUUGGAUGUUGUUCCGUAUGGCCGUAUAAUGCUAUUCUUCCAGCAAUUGAGAAAUGUAUGGAACGAUAUAAUAAUCAUGAAAUCUCAUGGAAUGAUUGUGCUGAUGCUAUUAUUGAAGCAACCUCAAGAACUAUUGCGUUUCUUUUCUUUGGGGCCGCUCUUAAUGUUGCAAUAGUUGACAAUAACAUGGGUAAAGUGAAACUAACGGGAGAUGGCAAAAUGACGAAUAUAGAGAUUCUUUUGUUAAUUACAGUUCUGUUGCUAAGUUUUUGGACCGUUAUAGCGUCACGUAGCUAG